AUGGCAAACCAAGGCAGCGGCAGAGGCAGUUCGAGGCAUGAGCCAAGUUGGAAUUUCAGCUACCAGUCUGGUUUAUCGCCGGAUGGGAGUUGGACUUACAAUUGGGCUGCAGGUUCAGGUCCUGGUGGAAGCACUUUUAGCUUUGGAUCAGGUGCUGGUUGGAGGCCUGAUGGUGCAACUGUAGGGUUUGGUUUCGGAUGGGGCGGAUCUAGCAGUGCAGGUUAUGGAUUUUACGGAGGCAGCAGUGGAUUUGGAUUUGGUGGAGGCAGUGGUGGUUUCAAUUUUCAUCAUAAUUUUGGUGGCGCCCAAGGUCAACGCACAUCUGGCCAACCCAGAACCGACGGGACUCGCAAUCGACUGGGUGGGAACAAUUGA